AUGGGUUUGACUCCGAAUAGAUAUAACAAGAAGGAUACUAACAUGCCUUUGAACACCGAAUCAGAAGUAAAUAGUCUAAUGGAUGGUAGAAGGAAUACCAUCCAACAAAUGGACAUUGAGGUUCAAGGCCCCCAAAAAGAGAGAACAAACUGGUCGAAUGGACUUGAAUUCCUUUUGAGUUGUAUAUCACUGUCUGUUGGAUUAGGAAAUCUUUGGAGAUUUCCAUAUACAUGCUAUGAAAAUGGUGGUGCUGCAUUUCUACUGCCAUAUCUCGUCGUUCUAUUUUUCAUUGGAAAACCAUUUUACUUGCUGGAAAUGUUUUUGGGACAAUUUAACUCAAAAGGAGCUGUUAAAGCUGUCCAAAUAUUUCCAAUCAUGAAAGGUAUUGGAUGGGGUCAGCAAUUCAUCAGUGCUAUAAUUUCAACAUAUUACACAUCUCUGAUUGGUCUUACACUUGCAUACUUCUUAAAUUCGUUUAGUUUCCCAGAAUUGCCAUGGGCAACAUGCUACGACCUUCCAUCACCUUGUUAUAGUGCAUCGUUUAUUGGUGAAUCUAUUAAUUCAACUGGAGCUAAGUCCAGUGCUGAAAUAUUUUUCAAAAAUGUAACAUCCCAAAAAGGCGAUAUAUCCGAUGGAAUUGGACAACUCAAUCCGUAUCUAACAAUGUGUCUUUUCAUCUCGUGGAUCUUCGUCUAUUUUUCAAUUGUUAAAGGCAUUAAGACAUCUGGCAAAUUAUCAUAUAUCUUCGCAAUUGUUCCGUACAUUAUCUUAAUAUCAAUUUUGAUAUUUGUCAUAAGACUUCCAGGUGCUUGGACUGGAAUUAAAUUUUUAUUUGAACCGAACUUUGAGAAACUUUGGGAUCUCAAUGUUUGGUAUAAAGCCUGCACACAGUGCUUCUACUCAUUGACUAUUGGUAUGGGAUGCAUCUUGAUGUUUUCAAGCUAUAAUAAAUUCGAUCAUAAUAUUUAUCGUGACGCAGCAAUUAUUAGCUUGACAGACACAUUCACCAGCAUUCUUGGUGGAACUGCUAUAUUUGCAGUUCUUGGAAAUCUCGCACAUAAUACAAAUCAAAAGGAUUUAAAGAAACUUACUGAAGAUAAAAUAGGAGUUUCAUUUAUCUCGUAUCCAGAAGCUAUUGCAAAGAUAGCUGCAUCGAUUUCAAAUAAAUUCUAUUUUGCACAGAUCAUGGCUAUGAUUUUCUUUGGAAUGUUAUUCCUCCUUGGUGUUGGAUCAACUGUUGGAUUAUUAAACAAUGUUGCAACAAAUAUAAAAGAUGCAUUCCCAAAGCUUAAAUAUUGGUUUAUUGCUUUAAUUGGUUGUCUUUUUGGAUUCCUAGUUGGAUUAGUCUACGUGACAGAAGGUGGAAUGGCUAUUUUAGGUCUUAUUGAUCAUUUUGAAGGCAACUUGUUAGUCUUCACAUUGGCGACUCUUGAGCUCGUUGGAUGUGUAUGGCUUUAUGGCUUCCAAGAACUUUGUUGGGACAUUGAGUACACACUUGAACGAAAGCUUUCUGCAUACUGGAGAAUAUGUUGGGGCGUCAUUAUGCCAGUGUUCUUAAUUUCUAUCAAUCUUCACAUGCUGUUUUCUUUUGAAAAUCCAAAAUAUGGCAACCAAAUGGACUAUCCAGCAAUUGCUCUUUUUAUUGGCUAUGGACUAUUAAUAUUUGGAUUUUUACAAAUACUUUUUGCAAUGUGCUUCGAUUACUUUGGCAUGUUCCAAGGUAAAGGAAUUAAAAGUUUCUUUUCCUAUAUGUUUACAAUUAAUGAAAAUUGGGGUCCUGCAAAAAAAGAUAACAUGAAGAACUGGAGAGAGUUUAAGGAGAGGAAGAGACGUGCACGAGAAAUUGAAAUAAAAAAUCAUAAUCUUUCAUGGAUCCAGCAAAAGCAAUGGGAACUUUUUGGAAAGUUUGAUUAAAUUCCUGCUUGGCUAUUCCUGCGUUAUUAUACGAUUACAUUAAAUUUAUAGCU